AUGACCGAUCUCGAUUGGGCUGUCGUGUGCUUGGGCGUCAUCGUCAGAAGUCAGCCACGAUACAUUGCCCUGACUACCGCUACCGAGCUGGUGGAUUCUGGUGAGAGGUUGAGCACUCAAAAGUACCCUCAUCGGUAUCUCAACAAAGACGAAUACGGUAAGACUCUAUUCAAAUGGCUGCGGGAGGACUGCAACGAAGCAGAUGGCUAA